AACAAUAAAAGUUUCUGAAAGUUUAGUAUUCCGGCGAUGCCAAUCCAACCUUGCGGACCUGUUCCAAAAAUUGUCCAAGUGUCACUUGAGUAAAGUAGCGCGGGACAAUAAAUUAAUAAGUGCGUGUAAAAGGUUCAUCAGGGAUGCUCCAGGCAGUGAGGCAAUAAAUAGUUGAACAGAAAUAAUAGCGCAACUUCAAGUUCUCCUGGGAACAACUAUUUUCCUAUUAUAAUGAUUUUUUGUCGGCGUCAAUCCUGUUUGUCGCUGCUUACCGGUGCCAUCAUUGGUUGCUGUCUCAUCGCAUUCGUCAAUCAAUUCCUUCACCUUCUGCUUCAUCAAAACACCAAUGUCGUAUCAGCAACUAACACGGUCAAAAAUCAGUCAACUAAAAAUGUGAUCCGUUCUUUUGUUGACAAAAUUGUCAUCGACGAAAAAGGGAAAAGUCUCUACGAUCGAGUCCGCAUUUUAUGUUGGGUCAUGACGACACCCGCCAAUCACGACACGAAAGCUCGUGCCGUCAAGGAGACGUGGGGGCCACGUUGCAACGUUUUACUUUUUAUUAGCACGGAAGACGAUCCGAAAUUGCCAACGGUCAAAUUCGAAGUGAAAAGCGGCCGGGACGGAUUGUGGGGAAAGACCCGGGAAGCAUUUCGUUACGCUUGGGAUCGUUACCAAGAUGAAGUGGACUGGUUUCUCAAAGCUGACGAUGACACGUACAUCAUUGUUGAGAACUUGCGGUAUUUUCUGUCGGGAUUCAACACGUCGAAACCGAUGUGGUUCGGCCACAAAUUUAAAGCCCUUAUAAAGAACGGAUAUUUUAGCGGGGGAGCUGGUUAUGCACUGAGUAGAGAAGCUACCAAGAGAUUCGUCAAAGAAGCAUAUUUUAACGAAAAGAUUUGUCGGAAGGACCAGGGUGGAGCGGAAGAUGCGGAAAUGGGAACUUGUAUGCAAAAUCUGAACGUGUCGACCAUGGACACAAGGGACUCGCAAGGGAGAGGAAGAUUUUUUCCUUUCAAUCCUGAUUCGCACUACAAUCCCGGUGAUAUUCACGCCGGCGAUUAUUGGUACUGGGAUUACAUCUACUAUCCUCCUACCCAGGGACGCAAUUGCUGCUCGGAUAGUGCCAUAUCCUUCCACUACGUCGAUCCGAAUUUCAUGCGGAUGCUGGAUUUAUUCUUCUAUCAAAUCCGUCCUUACGGAGUGCUGGAUCAACGCCCUGCCGUUCCAGAACCACCGCCGGAUGUCGAACUCAAAGCAACUCGUUGGUUCGCACCUCCCAAACCGACGCCUCCGUCGACGCUUCCGCCGCCGACGACUACCACAACAAUCAAGCCGAAAGAGAAGGAAGUUAAAGCUGCCCCCGAUAAUAACAAGAAUAACAUAACUGUUGUGAGCUCAAACGAUACCAAGAAAAACUGAUUGCUAGUAGGUCUACGGUAACACGAGCUAUACUAUGUUCAGUUACUGACUAUGGUCAGUUUUGCCAAAAUCAAUAAUUCAGUUCGUUGUUGGUGCCACACUUCUGACGAUGUAUUUUGAAAAAGUCAGUUUGAUAAACACGUGCUCAAAGUUA